AGAGCAUGCAAACUUUUAAAUACCAAACGCAAAAGCUUGCAGCACUGCUAAAAGCAGAAUGCUGGGAAGUCACCCUCUUAAAGCACGUUGCAAUCUGUCUUUGCUGGUAGAUGUGCUGAAACAAGCUUUCUUGGCCCUUUUUUGCCAAGCGCGUGCACAUCGACUUCCUUGGUUUGGGUCUUGCUUUUGACUGUAGAUAUCUUAAUCUCUGCAAAAGUAAACACUUCAGUGAAUAAGCGAGACCUGGAGUGUGCUGGUGUGGUUUCACCACUGGAAAGUGUUAAAGCUUGCUUUCAACAAAUGUGGAGCAUGUAUGGACGAAGCUGGUGAAAACUCGAAGGGGUCCUCGCCGGUUGCUCCGGUUCACAUUGUCAAUGAAGAGUCAUCUGACAAGACUAAUUUGGGCUUUAUUCAUGCAUUUGUGGCUGCUAUAUCGGUCAUCAUCGUAUCAGAACUGGGGGAUAAGACCUUCUUCAUUGCAGCCAUCAUGGCAAUGCGGUACAACCGUUUGACUGUACUGGCUGGUGCUAUGCUUGCCUUGGGACUGAUGACAUGUUUAUCAGUUUUAUUUGGCUAUGCCACCACAGUUAUUCCUCGUGUGUACACAUACUAUGUGUCAACGGCACUGUUUGCAAUUUUUGGCAUCCGAAUGCUUCGGGAAGGCUUGAAAAUGAGUCCAGAUGAGGGUCAGGAAGAGUUGGAGGAAGUUCAAGCAGAAAUUAAAAAAAAGGAUGAGGAACUUCAGAGAACUAAACUGUUAAACGGGCCAGGAGAUGUGGAAUCAGGGCCAGGCACCACUAUACCUCAGAAGAAGUGGCUACACUUUAUUUCUCCAAUCUUUGUUCAAGCUUUUACCUUAACGUUUUUAGCAGAAUGGGGUGAUCGUUCCCAAUUAACAACCAUAGUCUUGGCCGCCAGAGAGGACCCCUACGGUGUGGCGGUUGGAGGAACAGUAGGACAUUGCCUGUGCACUGGUUUAGCAGUUAUCGGAGGGAGAAUGAUAGCACAAAAAAUUUCUGUUAGGACUGUGACAAUCAUAGGAGGCAUUGUCUUCUUGGCAUUUGCAUUUUCUGCACUAUUUAUAAGUCCAGACUCUGGUUUUUAAGAUUUUUUUCAUCACUGCAGAAGAGCAAGGAUUGGAAGCAUCAAGCUAUCCUUGUGCAUUUUUGUAUAUAAUGUACAGAAUUAUAGUUAAACAAGCACUGAAGAUGAGACACUGAACUUUUUAUAGCAAAUGAUUCAUGGGACUGACGCAGUUAUGGACAGCUUCUGCAGUGGAGAUCUGCCUGUUGUCUGGUUUGUUUACUCUGUGGUGCCUGCUCCCUUGCUGGGAUUUGCGUGGUUUUCUUGCUUGCUGGACCUGGCUCAGCUGAGUUUUGAGGACCUACUAACUAUUGAGGCUUCCUCUUUUCUUCCUCUGUUACACGUGGCCACCUUUCCUGUUUCUUCAAGAGCUGGUUCUUAAGGCUUCUCGAAGCGGACAGUGUCUUGUUCCGUGUUGCUCAACAGAUGCUGCUAAGGAGGAAACUGCUGGCUCCCACCUCCAAGGGCCUCGGUUCCAGGGUGUGCCCGAGGCUGGAUAACCUGAGCAACAAGAAACCUGGGGGCAGGUCCUGUACCGUUGAGUGGCUGAGCCACUGACAGAGAGUUUUAUAAAUUUAAUUUAGAGGGAAAACUUCUUAAUCAGGGAUUUUUAUCAGGAAAUUGAUGUGCGGUGAUUAACAACCUACCAUGUUCAAUAUGCAAUCUGUCUGGAGCGAGCAUUAUUUGACUUUUUUUUUUUUAAAUUUUGAAACAUUAAGGUAUAUGGAAAGUAAUAAAGUGGUCCAACUUAACAACGUUCCAUUCCCAGGGUCAAACAGUAAUGGAAUUCUUAGAUUUAGAUGUGUUCCUAUUUUUCUUUUUAGGAAUAGAAAUGUAAUCUGGAAGAGUACUAAUAAACAUCGUGUCUCCAUUUGAGCUAUUUUCAGUAUUGUUUUUGAUGGUUCCCGUCAUUCCUGCCACAAAGCUUUACCUAGUGAUUAUGUACUUAAGCGCGUUGCCGUUGGAGAGGCGUGUGGCACUGCUCUGUCUGGAAACACCUCAGUGCUUGAGAUCUUGGUAAUACCUUCAGGAGUCUGCGUGUGCACACAUCUGUGUGGCUUACCCUGGAGGGUCAGCUCGCAUCAAAACCGUGCGGGUUUCCUUACAGCCUUGCCUUUGCCUGCGCUUCCCUUAACGCAGCGGGUCUGAACCGAAGAGGUAGGUAGGUGGCCACAGGGCUGCGCCGGCUAGGGAGCGCGUGGGGCUCCUGGCCGCGUCAGCUUGCUGGCGGGGCGGGAAGGCAGCCGGGCCCGAGGCUCAGCCCUGCGGCAGCAGAGUCCGAGCUGCUCUCGGGGAGGCAGGAGGAGCAUGUGCGGGGCUGGGACUUGCAGCAUCCCCAGUUUCAGGAUGGCGGGGCAGGCUCGAUGCUGUUCUGGUGGGAAGUGCGUCCCACUGCGGCUUUAUAAAUGCUUCUGUCCUGAGGCAUGAAGUGUAGCUGCUUCUAGGUGGUGGUACUUUUGGGGAAGGAGCUGGUCGGUGUGUUAGCCAGCCAAGGCCUGGCUUUUCAGGAAGAAAAUACAGAAAAAGUUUAAGUAAUAGCGCUCUAUCCCUUCAAAAUGGAGGUAAGUUGGGGGGCUGCCUGACAUUUUAAAAUAUGAAAGAAAGACUUGAGGUAAGUAGCUGAAGCUUUGGUUGCCCCAGGCCUGUGCAGUUUCUUGUUCUUUUCUAGGUGGAGAACUGUGAGGUGCAGUGAGCGCCCCUUGAAGGGCUGAAGGGGAGGCUCUGCAGACCGCUGCGCCCGUGACGUGGGAGGAGGGCAGCUGUCCACCACAGGCUCCCCGUCCGCCGCGCAGCUCUCCCCGCUGGGCGAGGCGCGUCAGCAGCCGCAGCCGCUUUCACCCUCGCUGCCGAAGGAACCUCCGAAGCAGCGUCCAACACAGGAACGUGCUUCCCUGUGCAAGAGAGGUGUAAAAGCACCCAUCACCUGGAACUGCUCCUUGCCAGGCUUGAGCAACAGAAACAAAGCAGAGAUGGCGAUGCUCUUAUGGGGACGAAACAAAUCUCGCGUCAGCUGAGGUGUUUAAAACGAGAAAGAGCUUGUGCUUGUUAUUUUCGAAGGUGCCUAUUCCCAAUCCUUAGGUAAAGCCUGUCUCAUUCCACUGUACGUGGCGGAGUGCAGUAAGUGGAGAUUAAGGUCAACUUCUCAUUUCUGUCCUGUUGGGACAAAGUUGUUUCAAAGGAAACCCGUUGAACCAAAGCACAGGUCCAGGGCACAGGCGCGCUUGUUCCUCCUCAGGCAGCGCAACCAGGUGUGCAUGUGCUGGGCUGGUGCUCGGGCUUGCUGUUUUGAGAGAGAACAGUGGGAUAGAACAAGCCUGGAAACUUGAAAGUUGGCGAGCGGCCCGGCUGGGGGCAUGCUGGCAGAGGCA